AUGUCUUUAACCAAUUGUCGCUUCUAUGAGGAAAAGUACCCGGAAAUUGAUAGCUUUGUCAUGGUCAACGUCAAGCAGAUAGCAGAGAUGGGGGCAUACGUCAAGUUGCUUGAGUAUGACAACAUCGACGGCAUGAUUUUGCUUUCUGAGCUUUCUAGACGUCGAAUCCGAAGUAUUCAAAAGCUCAUUCGAGUUGGACGGAACGAGGUUGUCGUCGUACUGCGGGUAGACAAAGAAAAAGGCUAUAUUGAUCUUUCCAAAAGAAGAGUUUCUCCUGAAGACAUCAUAAAAUGUGAAGAAAGAUACAACAAGGGCAAAAUGGUUCAUUCCAUUAUGCGCCACGUCGCAGAGAAGACACUUCACCCGAUUGAAGACCUAUACGAACGUAUCGGUUGGCCGCUAAAUAAAAAAUACGGUCAUGCUGUUGAUGCUUUUAAGCUCUCCAUCACUAACCCUGAUGUUUGGCAGGAAGUUUCAUUCCCAAAUGAUGUGGUUGCAGAGGAAUUGAAAUCUUACAUUGGCAAGCGUUUAACACCACAGCCCACAAAAGUUCGAGCAGAUGUUGAGGUCACGUGCUUUGGAUAUGAGGGGAUUGACGCUGUUAAAACUGCUCUGCGUACUGCAGAAGCUAGAAACACACCUGAAAACCAAGUGAAGGUAAAGCUUGUUUCUCCGCCACUAUACGUACUUACAAGCACAUGUUUGGAAAAAGUCGUGGGUAUCCAAACCCUGGAAGCAGCUAUUAUCGAUAUUCGAACUAAUAUUGAAAGUUCGGGUGGAAGUUGCAUCGUCAAGAUGGAGCCGAAAGCAGUCACAGAGAACGACGAUGUUGAGCUGCAGGCAUUGAUGGAAAAACGUGAGAGGGAAAAUGCAGAGGUCAGUGGAGAUGAGAGCCAGAGCGAAAGCGACGAAAAUGCCGUCGAGUCACAAGUUGUAUAA